GAUGCCCAUCUCCCCUGUGACAGUAGCUCUCUUCAAUAAACUUUCAAAGGAUUCCAACCAGGCUGCUGCUCCUCCUCCUCCCCGGAGUAUACCAAAGUUGAAAUGUUCUAAGCAGAUUAAUUACGAUCAGUUGGAUGCAUUAUGCCGCAUUAAAGGACUACGAGCCAUAAAGAAUGUGUACUCCACCAAAGAGGCUCACCAAAACUUUAUGGAACUUUAUCCUAAAAUAUUCUACAAGGAAAAAGUGGUGCUGCCCAAAAUUUUUGUAUCGGAAGCAAAAAGGCCAAGUAGUGAAGACGCAAUACUUCAAAAUAAGGUCACACCCCUCGAAGAUGUUCAUGAUAUAGCUGUUCAUCUUCAGAAAAUUCAUGGUCUCAAAAUUGGAUGUGUGGCUCUGACUUUUAAGGACAAGAUGGAGAAAUUAAUAACUAUCUUGAAGAAACUGCAAGCCAAUGAAUCUGAGGAGAGGAGGGGGAAAAAGAAGGAAAGUAAACUUGAAUAAUGCCACCCCUAAUAAAAAUAAGGCAG